AUGAAUUCAGCUUUUACUGAUUUUCAUAACUUUGAGAAAAUUAAGAUAAAUGCAAUCAAUUAUCUUAACGUCCUCAGCCACAAUCCACCAUCUCUUGAAAUGAUAGCAGAUUUUCAUCCUGAUUUGAUACAACUUCCACAGACACUCAGAAAAACACAUGAUAAGCCUAAAAAACAAAAGCUUGGUAUCAAGCUUGGAAAAAAUCUCAGUUUUCUUGCCGUUAUUGUUCAACUUAUUACAUUUCGACCAUUAAUGCACAAACUAUUUGACGAAUUAUUCUCUAAUCCCAAUGAGCAACAGUUAAUAUACAAAGAAAUAUUAUCGCUCACAAAUCGGAACUUUUCGGAAAAUGCAGAUGUUACUUAUCUGUAUCACCUGUACUCGAAACGGCAAAAGAUACAUCAAGCUGAUCCAAUUGAUGCUUUCAAACAAUUACAAGAAUCGCUUGCAUGUGAAGCUAGGCAACUAGAUCUUAUUGAUUAUUUCAAAAAAUUCUGCUGGGGAUUUACAGAUAAAAUUGACAUUCCUCUUGUUAAUAAUAACGAACUUCAAGUUACUCCUACUUUUUCAGAUUAUCUUUUUAUUGAUGUUGCUGGUUUUACGUUUCCAUUGGAUGAUUACACAUGGAAUAACAAUCCAGCUGUAAAAUCCAAACUAGUAGCCAUAAUAACUUAUCACAGUCGACAAUAUAAUAUUAUUAUUUUGGACGAAAACAUCAAUUCAUGGAUUCUCUUUUGUAAUACCAAAAUAUCUUACAUUCGUGAUGAGGAAUUGGCGAAUAAUUUAAACAAAGGCGCAUAUAAUACACCGAAAUAUUUGAUUUUCGAAAAAAUUUAUGUUUUUCAAAAAUUAAAUCUUUCAUUUGUAAUGUAUGAAUAA